GACCACCGAGAAGCGACAGUAGAACCCCGCCCCUUUACCGACUAGUAUAUUGUACGCUUUUAGCUUCAUUGAUACAGAGUCAUCAUACAGCUCGUAUUAGCUGCAAUACAUACGAGUCGCAGACGAAUCCAGUCCCCAAGACGCGUCGCUACUUCCACCGAAUUGGGACUCGUCGAACUGUCCGAGCAAACGCAACCCUACCAUACGUGAAAUAGACGCUCAUUCAAUAUGACCGCCGAUGUGGAACAUCAACAACAGGAAUACGAUGAUGGAGGUCUUCCAGGACCUGGAGCUCCCACUCCCCUUUCAGCUCUUGAGGGCGUGGCAGGCUUGACUGCACGAGACAUUAAACUUAUAGUUGAUGGAGGGUUUCAUACUGUGGAGUCGGUGGCCUACACUCCUAAGCGUGUCUUAGAACAGAUUAAAGGUAUUUCGGAACAGAAGGCAACUAAGAUUUUAGCUGAAGCUUCCAAACUCGUUCCAAUGGGUUUCACAACCGCGACGGAAAUGCAUGCACGUCGGAGCGAGCUCAUAUCCAUUACCACUGGAUCGAAACAAUUAGAUACACUACUGGCUGGAGGCAUCGAGACGGGAUCUAUAACCGAGAUCUUUGGAGAGUUCAGGACAGGCAAAAGCCAACUUUGUCACACACUAGCAGUUACUUGCCAAUUACCAUUUGACAUGGGUGGUGGUGAAGGGAAAUGUCUCUACAUUGAUACCGAAGGCACAUUUCGUCCCGUGAGGUUACUGGCUGUUGCACAACGAUAUGGACUCGUCGGAGAAGAGGUGCUGGAUAAUGUUGCCUACGCUCGCGCGUACAACUCAGAUCAUCAAUUGCAACUUCUCAACCAGGCAUCUCAGAUGAUGUGCGAAACCCGGUUUUCACUCCUGAUCGUGGACUCGGCAACUGCUCUUUACCGUACAGAUUUCAAUGGCCGUGGUGAAUUGUCCAAUCGGCAGACUCAUUUAGCGAAGUUCUUGCGUACGUUGCAGCGACUCGCCGAUGAGUUUGGAAUAGCGGUUGUGAUUACGAACCAGGUCGUCUCACAGGUCGAUGGUGGUCCAAGUUCCAUGUUCAAUCCGGACCCCAAGAAACCAAUUGGCGGUAACAUUAUCGCUCAUGCAAGCACGACUCGUUUGAGCUUGAAGAAAGGCCGAGGAGAGACUAGGAUAUGCAAGAUCUAUGACAGCCCCUGUCUACCUGAGAGCGACUGCCUCUUUGCGAUCAGGGAGGAUGGUAUUGGCGAUCCUAGCCCCAAGGAUCUGGAGAAUGAGUGAGGACAUUCAUUGACUGAUUGCGCUCUGGAUUGAUAAACGUUUGUUUGAUUCAGUUCUAUCUGAUGAGUAUACAUAUUUCAUGUCUUGUCAUGUCUAUUUGUCUUUGUCAUACUCGCAUAGCUAGGCGGUGUUCGGCCCGUGUCAAUGUAUAUUUAAAUAAUAGUCAACUGGUAGAAAAAUGAAGAGAAGAGAACGAUAACAACU